ACUCAGCAGGCACCCUCUCAGGUUAGCUUAGCUUGCUAGUUGCUGACAAAGAAAGAUAUCAACACAUCGCUAAGCAGAAAUCAAGUGUGAGUGUAAACUACAACUGUUGAAAACGUUGGUGAAUUGGUGACUAACUGCGGCCUUUGAAGAUUUUUGAUUUUUUUUUUUAGAAAGAGCGAUAGCAGAGCACAAGGAGGAACUUCCUCAAACAAAACAGAAGAAACGACAACGGCAACUACUGGACUCUGUUUUCAACUAAGAAGCCUCAAGUUGCGUUACACGUAGCAGACAUCAGUCAACAACAUCUUCCCACUGAGCAGCAGGAGUAUAACUCCAGGAUGGAGCAGGAAGAGCCACAACCUCCCCACAUUAAAGAGGAAGCGGAGAAGCCAUGGGCCCCCCACAUUAAAGAGGAAGAGGGAGAGGAGGAGCCACGGCCCCCCCGCAUGAAAGAGGAAGAGGAGGCUCACAGCAUCAGUCAAGAGGGAGAGCAUCUUGAAGGACUGGAGGAGGUCCCAGUGAUUUGUGUCAUUGUGAAGAGUGAAGAUGAUGAAGACAAAGCUGAAAUUGAGGAGAAGAGAGAUGUGGAGCCUCAACACAUGACAACAGAAGCUGAUGGAGACCACUGUGGAGGAUCACAAGCAGACAACCUCUUAGCUCCACUAUCAGAUAGUGACGACACAACGUCACACUCUCCUGACACUGAUGAUGAAGACUCUAAAGCUGAUAUGACAUGUCACACUGACAACACACGCUUUAAAUGCUCUCAAUGCGACAAAACUUAUAAACACCGUCGUAAUCUUACAAAACACAUGAGUGUACACACUGACAACACACACUUGAAAUGCGCCCAUUGUGGGAAAACGUUUGUUUACAAGGUAAAUCUAAAAACACACAUCAGAUAUCACACAGGAGAGAAACCUUUUGCGUGUUCAGUUUGUGGUAAAAGAUUCUUUCAGAAGUCACAUUUGAAAGCACACACAAUAAUACACACUGGAGAGAAACCUUUUCCUUGUUCAGUCUGUGGUACGGGUUUUUUAAAAAAUUCAGAUUUGAAAAUACACAUGAGAACACACACUGGAGAGAAACCUUUUCCCUGUUCAGUUUGUGGUAAAAGAUUCUCCGUAAAGUCAACUUUGAAAACACACACAAGAAUACACACUGGAGAGAAACCUUGUACGUGUUUAGUCUGUGGUACGAGUUUUUUGAGAAAGUCAGCUUUGAAAAGACACAUGAGAAGACACACUGGAGAGAAACCGUAUUCCUGCUCAGUCUGCAACAAAAGCUUUUGUAACCGAACAGCACUUGUGAUACACAUGAGAGUACACACAGGGGAGAGACCAUAUACCUGUUCAGUUUGUGGUAAACGUUUCAUACAAGCUUCAGAUGUGAAAAAACACAUGAGAAAACACACUAGACAGAAACCGUAUUCCUGUUCAAUCUGCGGCAAAAGAGUCUCUUUAAUGGCAACAUUGCAAAAACACACUAGAAUACACACUGGUGAGAAGAUGCAGGACUUGAAAUAAACUGUAAAUUCAGCUCUAGACGGCAGUGCUGUUUGUGUAUUUGAAUAAUUUAAAUAAUCGUGACCAGUAGUUAACUACCGGUACUCAGUUGGCCACGGCAUGUAUCACCACCAGAGGGCGUCUAACGGCGGUCAAUGGUUAACCACUGUAUUGGCCACCACCAGGGGGCGCUUCAUUCGUGGCUAACACUUUAAAUGGUGGCCAAAGCAAUGUCCAGCCACCGUCUUUUAACUGCUAUUUGCUUUAUUGUAUUACUUUACUUAAACUGCUUGUAAUUUCAUUUGUUUGCAUGUGUGUGGUGAUGAGAUGUGCCAUGUAUGAGGGAGGGGGUUUUAACUCUGUAAAGAAGUUUGUGUUGUA